AUGGGACCCAUCAUGUCCACCGGAGAAAUGGGCACAGGUCACACAGUUCUGGGAUGUCACACUGCUGAUAAGGCAGUCAUCACCUUGUUUAUCGUUUUAGUUCUGUCGUGCCUGGUGGCAGUGGUAAGCAAUGGGUCUAUCAUUAUAGCACUAGGCACGAAAUGGUUGCUCCGGAGAACACUGUCCACUCAUAAUAAGUUACUGAUCAGUCUAGCAGCCUCUCGCUUCUGUCUUCAAUGGGUGGUGAUAGGUAAGAAUGUUUAUGUUUUCUUGAAUCCAACAGUCUUCCCAUACAACUCUGUAAUGCAGCUCCUAAAUUUGAUAUGGGAUUUCCUGACUGCUACAACCAUCUGGUUCUGCUCCUUGCUAGGCUUCUUCUAUUGUGUGAAAAUUGCAACCUUAACCUACCCUGUCUUUGUCUGGCUAAAGUACAGGGUGCCCGGGUGGGUACCAUGGAUGUUGCUCAGUGCUGUGGGGAUGUCAAGCUUAACUAGCAUCCUGUGUUUCAUAGGCAAUUAUCUGAUAUAUGACAACUUUGUAACGAGUGCCCAGCAACCUCGGAAUGUCACUGGGAAUAGCUUAAAAGACACCCUUGAGCAAUUCUACUUCUUUUCUGUAAAAGUGAUCAUGUGGACUAUCCCUACUGUUACCUUUAGCGUUUUCAUGGCUCUGCUCCUUGUGUCUUUGGUAAGACACAUGAAGAAGACCCUCUUGGCCUCCUCAGGACUCCAGGAUGUCAGAGCACAGGCCCACAUGAAGGCUCUCCUCACCCUCCUCUCCUUCUUCGUCCUUUUUAUCUCCUGUUUCCUGUCACUGGUGCUUGGUGCCACCAGCAACUCGCCAUUUCAGGAAUUCAGGUACUGGAUGUGGCAGGUGGCGAUCCACCUGUGUACAGUGAUACAUCCCAUUGUUAUACUCGCCAGCAACCCUGGCUUGAGAGCGGUGGUGAAGAGGGAUUGCUGCUGA